CCUGCGGUGGGGGCUGUCCAGCUGCAGGAGGCAGCUGGCAGAGCGGGUGGGAGGGUUGGGUGGCUGCUUUCACUUUAGGAGUCUCAGCUCUGAGUGAGAGUGUCCCUGUUGCCGGAGGACCACUGCGGGCUGGGCGCAGGGCCCCCGCCUCUCCCUCUCCACGCGACCCCGCAGCCGCGGUGGCAGCGGCGGCAGAGCCUCGCCCACUCCAAUCCCCACCCUCUCCGUCCUUAGCCAUUUAAGAACGGCAGCGCCUGGCACGUUCUUGGAGGACCCGGGCGCAGAAGAGGAAAGGGAGCAGGCGCAGGGGGAGGGCUGGGAAGGCAGCAUGCGCCCGCCAGGAGCAACCUCGGCGCCCAGGGUCUGAGGCUGCAGCCCCAGUUCGCCAUUGUGAGCCGCCACCGGGGGAACCCGCUGGUGCAGCUGUCCCCCAGGGUCCCCGUCCGCGCAGCGAUGGGGCACCUGCCCACGGGGUCGCGCGGCGGCCGCCGUCUCCUGCCUCUGCUCUGGCUCUUUGUGCUGCUCAAGAAUGCCUCAACUUUCCAUGUAACUGUCCGAGAUGAUAACAACAUCGUCGUCUCCUUAGAAGCUUCAGAUAUUGUCAGCCCAGCAUCGGUGUAUGUUGUGAAGAUAACGGGUGAAUCCAAAAAUUAUUUCUUCGAAUUUGAGGAAUUCAACAGCACUUUGCCUCCUCCUGUCGUCUUCAAGGCCAAUUAUCAUGGCCUUUAUUAUAUAAUCACUCUGGUCGUGGUAAAUGGAAACGUGGUGUCCAAGCCAUCCAGAUCCAUCACUGUGUUAACAAAACCUCUACCUGUAACCAGCGUUUCAAUAUACGACUAUAAACCUUCUCCUGAAACAGGAGUCCUGUUUGAAAUCCAUUAUCCAGAAAAAUAUAACGUUUUCACGAGAGUAAACAUAAGCUACUGGGAAGGGAAAGACUUCCGGACGAUGCUAUAUAAAGAUUUCUUUAAGGGAAAAACAGUAUUUAAUCACUGGCUGCCAGGAAUAUGUUAUAGUAAUAUCACUUUUCAGCUGGUAUCUGAGGCAACUUUUAAUAAAAGUACCCUUGUGGAGUACAGCGGUGUCAGUCAUGAACCCAAACAGCAUAGAACUGCACCUUAUCCACCUCAAAAUAUUUCUGUUCGUAUUGUAAACUUGAACAAAAACAACUGGGAAGAACAGAGCGGCAGUUUUCCAGAAGAAUCAUUCAUGAGAUCCCAAGACACAAUCGGAAAAGACAAGGUCUUUCAUUUUACGGAAGAAACUUCUGAAAUUCCUUCUGGCAACAUUUCUUCUGGUUGGCCUGAUUUUAACAGCAGUGACUACGAAACUACAUCUCAGCCACAUUGGUGGGACAGUGCGUCUGCAACUCCUGAAAGUGAAGAUGAAUUUGUCAGCAUACUUCCCAUGGAAUAUGAAAACAACAGUACACUCAGUGAGACUGAGAAGUCAGCAUCAGGCUCUUUCUCCUUUUUCCCUGUGCAAAUGAUACUGAGCUGGUUACCACCAAAGCCACCCACUGCCUUUGAUGGGUUCCAUAUUCGUAUUGAAAGAGAAGAAAACUUUACUGAAUAUUUGACAGUGGAUGAAGAAGCGCAUGAAUUUGUUGCAGAACUGAAGGAGCCCGGGAAAUACAAGUUAUCUGUGACAACCUUUAGUUCUUCAGGAGCCUGUGAAACUCGAAAAAGCCAGUCAGCAAAAUCACUCAGCUUUUAUAUCAGUCCUUCAGGAGACUGGAUCGAAGAGCUGACGGAGAAGCCCCAGCAUGUGAGCGUCCAUGUUUUGAGCUCAACCACUGCCUUGAUGUCCUGGACGUCUUCCCAGGAGAACUACAACAGCACCAUUGUGUCUGUGGUGUCACUCACCUGCCAGAAGCAAAAGGAGAGCCAGAGGCUUGAAAAGCAGUACUGCACUCAGGUGAACUCAACCAAACCUAUUAUUGAAAAUCUGGUUCCUGGUGCCCAGUAUCAGGUUGUGAUGUACCUAAGGAAAGGCCCUUUGAUUGGACCACCUUCAGAUCCUGUGACAUUUGCCAUUGUUCCCACCGGAAUAAAGGAUUUGAUGCUCUAUCCCUUGGGUCCUACAGCAGUGGUUCUGAGCUGGACCAGACCUUACUUAGGAGUGUUUAGAAAAUACGUGGUUGAGAUGUUUUAUUUCAACCCUGCAACAAUGACAUCAGAGUGGACAACCUACUAUGAAAUCGCAGCGACGGUCUCCUUGACUGCAUCUGUGAGAAUAGCUAAUCUGUUGCCAGCAUGGUACUACAACUUCCGGGUUACCAUGGUGACAUGGGGAGAUCCAGAAUUGAGCUGUUGUGACAGCUCAACCAUCAGCUUCAUAACAGCCCCAGUGGCUCCAGAAAUCACUUCUGUGGAAUAUUUCAACAGUCUGUUAUAUAUCAGUUGGACAUAUGGAGAUGACACAACUGACCUGUCCCAUUCUAGAAUGCUACACUGGAUGGUUGUUGCAGAAGGAAAGAAGAAAAUUAAAAAGAGUGUAACACGCAAUGUCAUGACCGCGAUUCUCAGCUUGCCUCCAGGAGACAUCUACAAUCUCUCAGUAACUGCUUGUACUGAAAGAGGAAGUAAUACCUCCAUGCUCCGCCUUGUCAAGCUAGAACCAGCUCCUCCCAAAUCACUUUUCGCAGUGAACAAAACCCAGACUUCAGUGACUUUGCUGUGGGUGGAAGAGGGAGUAGCUGAUUUCUUCGAAGUUUUUUGUCAACAAGUUGGCUCUAGUCGAGAAACGAAACUCCAGGAACCGAUUGCUGUUUCUUCUCAUGUUGUGACCAUCUCCAGUCUCCUUCCUGCCACUGCCUACAACUGCAGCGUCACCAGCUUUAGCCAUGACAGCCCCAGCGUUCCCACGUUCAUAGCCGUCUCGACAAUGGUUACAGAGAUGAAUCCCAAUGUGGUAGUGAUAUCUGUGCUGGCCAUCCUGAGCACACUCUUAAUUGGACUGCUGCUUGUUACUCUCAUUAUUCUCAGGAAAAAGCAUCUGCAGAUGGCUAGGGAGUGCGGAGCAGGUACUUUUGUCAAUUUUGCAUCCUUAGAGAGGGAUGGGAAGCUUCCAUACAACUGGCGUAGGAGUAUAUUUGCUUUCUUAACCCUGCUACCCUCAUGUCUUUGGACUGAUUAUCUUUUGGCAUUUUAUAUUAAUCCUUGGAGCAAAAAUGGUUUAAAGAAGAGGAAACUGACGAACCCGGUUCAACUGGACGACUUUGAUGCCUACAUUAAGGAUAUGGCCAAAGACUCUGACUAUAAAUUUUCUCUUCAGUUUGAGGAACUGAAAUUGAUUGGACUGGAUAUUCCACACUUUGCUGCAGAUCUUCCACUGAAUCGAUGUAAAAACCGUUACACAAACAUCCUACCAUAUGACUUUAGCCGUGUCAGAUUAGUCUCCAUGAAUGAAGAGGAAGGUGCGGACUACAUCAAUGCCAACUACAUUCCUGGCUACAACUCACCCCAAGAAUACAUUGCCACCCAGGGCCCGCUGCCCGAAACCAGGAAUGACUUCUGGAAGAUGGUCCUACAACAAAAGUCUCACAUUAUUGUUAUGCUCACUCAGUGUAAUGAGAAAAGGAGGGUGAAAUGUGACCAUUACUGGCCAUUCACGGAGGAACCUAUAGCUUAUGGAGACAUCACGGUAGAGAUGGUCUCAGAGGAAGAGCAGGACGACUGGGCCUGUCGACACUUCCGGAUCAACUACGCUGAUGAAAUGCAGGAUGUGAUGCAUUUUAACUACACUGCAUGGCCUGAUCACGGCGUGCCCACAGCCAACGCUGCAGAAAGUAUCCUGCAGUUUGUACACAUGGUCCGACAGCAAGCUACCAAGAGCAAAGGUCCCAUGAUCAUUCACUGCAGCGCCGGAGUGGGGCGGACGGGCACAUUCAUUGCCCUGGACAGGCUCCUGCAGCACAUCCGGGACCAUGAGUUUGUGGACAUCUUAGGGCUGGUGUCAGAAAUGAGGUCCUACCGGAUGUCAAUGGUACAGACAGAGGAGCAGUACAUUUUUAUCCAUCAGUGUGUGCAACUAAUGUGGAUGAAGAAGAAGCAGCAGUUCUGCAUCAGUGAUGUCAUAUAUGAGAAUGUCACCAAGUCCUAGUUCAGAAUCUGGAACAGACAGGACAGGAUGUGCACCCAUCCUCCUUUGCUUCCAGAUUUUUGGAGGGAGGGGGGCCUGCUAGUCAUUUUGCUAAAAAGAGCCCUUCCUUUGUAGUAUGUGGCCAAGGAGAUAAUUUAUCUCGCAGAAGCACUGGGAAGACUUAGCCUUAAAGAGCCUACAGUGUCUUUUGGACUCUUUCACUUCGGGACAUUUCAUAAUGGACCAAAUUCAACAGAACACCAGAAAGGUCAAGACGCUCUGCAAAGGGCAGGAAGUACAGCACUUCCGAAGAGUUUAGUUGGCCCUUCGCUCAUUGGGCUGAGUUAUUUUGCUUUUGGUUUUUUUAAGUGCAAUAAUUUUUGUAUGUGUGUGGUUUUUAUCAGAAAGUUGAAUGGUCUUCUGCUCACACUAUUGAUCAACCCCAUAGCCCAGGAAGGAACAGGCAUUGUUAGCAUCAGAUUAUACCUCAUUAUUAAAAAGAGGCAUGGCCACACAUGAAGAAAUGGUCAUUCUACUUCAACUGAACCAGCACUACCUGUACUCUAACAUUAUUGGAUCAGGCGUGGGGAGUGUGGAUGGGGAAGAGAAGGGUUGUACCCACAGAUCAACUGUGUAUCGUUUCUUAUCCCAAAUAUGAAAAGCUGUAAUUCAACUUCAAAGUAGAGUAGGAAAAAAAAAUAUUUGUCUUAAUUGUUCUAGUUCUUGAUGGUUUUCUUCCUUAUUAACAGUUAGUUGGGUGUUUCUUCCUUGGCCCUUUUGGACUAAUGUCAUUGUCCAUGUUCUUUUUCAAGAAACCAGAUCUGUUUCAGAAGAAUUUCAUGUCUGACUCUUUAAACUCUGUUGCUGUCUGAGCAAUCUUGGUGCCUAGACUUUGCAUUCCUUUUUCUGUUGACCUGCAUAUAUGUGAGAGCUAUUUCUUUGAGAACUACAGGCUGUGAAAAACGCACUUUCUUUCCCCUAACGAGCUGGGAGUUUAUGAAGUUAUAGCAACGAACUGCAGCAUGCUAGAACAAUUAUUUGGCUACAUUUUCUUUUGUAAUAUUGUCAAGCCUCUCUGUGGAUUAUGGCAGAGAUUCCGUUUCGUUUUGUUUCCUUUUUGGUUGUCAGUUUCACUUUAACCAGUGUAACGAGUAACAUUUUAUUCUUUGGAUUUUUGUAUAAUUGCAGUACAUGCUUGUGUAUUGUGUGACACGAAUGCUGUCAAAAUGGACAUUGAUGGCAUCGGUGGAGUCUGUUACUUUGUGUCACUUCCUGAGAAAUAAGAGGUGAUGGUAUGGAUAUACAAAGGAAAACACUCGGAGUUGAAAGUAAACACAAGCUGGCUGCUUCGCUGUGGCAAUGUGGCUAUUGUGACGCUUCCUGUGUGUGCUUCCAGAAGGUUCCGUGCACCUGAUCACUGUCCCUUCCCCUGGCUUCCCUCCGAUCCUGAUCAUCUUCCUGAAGCCUUGCAUAUAGGAUCAGCUUAAUAUUUUAUCAGUGACCUCAGAGGGGGUGAAGGAUGCCAAAUGAACAGCUCCGCACCCCACCGUCUCUUGUCACUGAGAAGGCCUGGCCACAGCAGACCUUGGCAAAGUUCCUUUGCGGGAUCUGGCCAGUGAGUCUCUGUUUCACCUUGCAGGGUGAGUGGCAGAGGAAGUCCACACCCUGCAGGUUAACAGCUCGGGCUCCUCAGGCAUUGUCAGUUUUUACCCACCUCCCUUCCUCCCCUUCUUAUGUCCUGGCUACCACCUCCUCUUCUCACCCUCACUCCUUUAUUUCCCUUCUUGGACAUUUUAGUAAUGCAUCGUGCCAUCCUCAGGAACAAACAUGGUUCACAAAAGGAGACAAACGGAUGUAUGACAUUCCUAGAUGUUCACACAUGGACAGUCAGGAGGGAAUUGUGCAACCGCGGAAGAGUCAGUGGGUGAAAGCUGAACUACAUUUCCAACUCAGCCACCCAGAAGCACACUACAGUUCCGUAGCCUGGAACAGUACUUCCCAUGAAACAAAGCCCUUCAUAAAUAUUUCAUGUUUUUCUUUAGCACCCCUCCUAGGUAGGGAUCAGAUAGUGCCAGAUCAAUUUUCCCAAAAGGAAAGAUGAAGUAUCCAGAGUUUAGACUGAUGACUAAGAAUUGAGACUACAGAAAGGUUACACCAAAGUACUUUACCAGAUCAUUCCCUCAGGCGUCUGUUCAUUGCAACACCAGUGCUCCUCAGCUGGAGAGCUUAUGGUGAGAAAGGCAUCCAUCUGUAUCAAAAGACCUGGGCGUUGAUCCUGAAAAUCACUUCAGAACUUCUCUCUGCUGAGUCUGAGUUAAUAAACUAUAGAAUGAUCUAAUAAUAACUCUGUAAUUUGCAGACAGGAAGAAUAUCAGAUAUGAUAAUUCACCCAAAGGUGUUCUGUAUCUUGUCUUCUCAUGUACCCUAAGAUUACUCUAACCAGAUGUUUCUACCAUAGGACACACCUUUAAGCAUUGAGAAGGGAAGCUUCCAGAGCCUCUGCAUCAUAAUUAAGAUUUUUUUU